UUUUUUUUUCUUCUUCUUGUUUUUUUUUCUCCCUGAACUUUACUGCAGCUAUCCUCUGAUCCAUCGACACAUCACCAUCGAGCAGUAGCAGGCAGCAGCAGCUAGAGCUCGCAAAGCGAACAGACGCUUUCGACGAAACCUCUCAAUAUUGCAUUCCUGCUCCCAUCCCACACCCCAUGCUCGUCUGAUCAUCGAUCUCGUCUCCCACUUCCACGGCGAUCGCGCGGUGCUAGCUGCCGGUGCAUCCCAUCGAUCGAUAUUCACCUCCCCGUGGAUGCAAGAAUGGCGGCGAACACCAUGCCGUCGUCGAUGCCGCCUCCGCCCCCGGCGAUGGUCACGGCUCCGCUGCAGCCGGACUACCAGGGCUCCGUCGCCGCCGCGGGCGCCGUGGUGGCGGGGAGUCGUCACGGCGGUUCCAUCGGGGCGUUCUUCGGCGUGCUCGCGGCGGUGCUGCUGCUCACCCUGCUGUCCUGCGUCCUCGGGCGGGUGUGCGCGCGCCACGCCGCCGGGCCCGACGAGCGGUACGACUGCGCGGCGCUGGCGCGCCGCUGGUGCUGCUGGGGGCGGCCGCCUCGCCGGCUCGUCAGGCGGCACGAGGAGAAGCCCUCACCCCCCGUGGUGGUCGAGGAGGUGCCCGCUGCAGCGUUGCCACCGCCGGAGCCAUGAACUGGAGGUCGCCGUCGCCGCCCAGGUUCUUGCGGCAAUUUCAUUCUCGUCCUGCUAUAUAUUCAGGCUCCAAACUCCCCAAAGAAUCACACAUGUACGUCAAUGUAGUAGAGAUUGCUAUGAACACAGAUGCUGUUUGAAUCCUUCUGUUCUUCAUGUUGCCAUUAGGACUUCUUGGAUUUCAGUCCUCAUUCCCCUGUACACUGAUUAAUGGUUAAAUUAAAUUCAGUUCUUGAGACCGGCAUUUUUCUGAAACUGCAACGAACCGUGUUAGUCUCAAA